GACCGGCGGCCUGAUGGCUGGGCCUGCAAGCAUCGUCGAGGCGCUGGCCGAGAAGAUUCAUCGCGAGGUGCCAACGAAGCAGGGAGAGGUCGAAGUCCUCACUGCCGCAGAAACUCCGGAGCGCUUCCCGCAGCUCAAUCUGGACCCGAACGAGAAGCUGCUGUACAUGCCCGAGGGCUACACCAUGUCAGUGCCAACAACACUCCACAGCCUUCGUUGGGCGGCCGAGGCCGCUGGCGCCGAGUAUCAGGAAGACUCAGUUGUCAGCAUCGACCUGCGUCGAAAAAUGGUGUUCACCAAGGAGCAGAGCAUUCGCUUCAGUCAGGUCGUGAUCACAGCCGGCCCAUGGACGAAUCGGAUACUCCAAGGUGCUGGCCUGCGUGGUGUCCCGAUGAUAGUGUCGAACGAGCAGACUGUGGAGUUCCAGCCUAAGGUGGGUGCCCCAUCGCACGACUGGUCUGAUUUGCCAUUGUUCACAUGGAGCGAAGCUGGCUACAAAGGACGCAACGAAGAUGGUGGAUGUCUCUACUUCUACACGACGCCGCACUGCCCGCUCACAAGCAGCGGAUCGCAGGGAGUGAAGGUCGGCUUUCAUCGACAGGGUCCUCUCUUGGACACAGACGACUUUGUCGUGACGGAGUCGGGUCGCGCCUCGAAGGAUAAGCUGCCGAACAUUCGCAAGGAACUCCGGACGGAGCAGGAGUACCACCGCGACGAGUUCUCACUCUCCAAGAUCAAGGCUUUCAUCAAGGAAAAGAUGCCUGGCCUAGAUGCAGAUCACCCAGUCGGGUCACUUGGCCAAGCAGAGCUGUUCCAAGCCGAGUUGCUGCUUUUCUGA